UUGUCAAAACCCAAGUUUUUCUUGUUUAUUUGGUGAAGCCGGCGAUUUUUACAGUAGAAGAAGCACAACAUCUCAUUAAGUUGCAGAUGGCAGUGAAAGGAGGGGGCUUUGUUCCAGUGCAUCGAUGGCGUUUUGGGUUGUUAACGACUUUGGUUCUCGUUGGCAUGGUGGUAGUUUGGAGCAUAGAUGGCUGCACUAUCAAGGACUUUAUCCAAUCACGGCAGUUUAAACAAGAUCACAUCACCUUCAAAGUGAACUCGGCUAAUACCAAUCGAACUUACCAAAAUCCCUCGCAUUCCCUUGGAAAUCUUACCUUAAAUCCAACUUUAAACACCACCCAUUUCCCCCUUUUUAUUGUUAAUUCUUCCCUUGAAACAACGAAAUCCAAUGAUUUGUUGAACUGGGUUUCAGCAGAGCUGGAGACCAACUUUACUGCAAAUCUAUUGAGUAAAUGGUUGGCUAAAGGAGGAGAGCCCUGUAAAGACUCCCAAACUGUGGGAAUCAAGAUUCCGGGUUUGGAGAAAGAGAAAAUGGUGGAACUAUCAGCCGGUGAAAUCCAUUAUUUCGUGUUUCAAGCUGUCGAUGAAUCUGGGAAUGCUCGUUGUUUAGGUGGGGAUUACUUUGAAGUCGAUCUUUCAGGAGAUUCAUGGAAAUCAAGGCCUCUGGUGAAAGAUUUUUGCAAUGGUUCUUACUCGGUUUCCCUUCAGGUUCAUCCUGAUUUUGCUGGUGAUUAUAACCUCUCUCUUAUUUUGCUCUUUAGAAAUUUCCAAGGCCUUAAAAUUUCGCCUGCAAGAUUUGCAUAUGAUAGACAAUUGCGCCAUAUAGGGAUUAGGUUCUUUAAGACUAAAGCUCAACUGCCCCAACUACAGAUUUGCCAAAAAACUGAUUUCAAUAGAGAUGUUUGGUCUGGUAGAUGGACUAGACAUGGAAAGAAUGAUGAUUGUCGAAUUAGUAAAGAUGGCCGAUAUCGAUGCCUGGAACCGGAUUUUCCAUGUCGGAGUCCAUGGUGCAAUGGUUCAUUAGGACUUUUAGAGAGUAACGGAUGGGUGUAUUCGAGCCAUUGUUCGUUUCGGUUGUUUUCGGUUGAUUCUGGUUGGAAUUGCUUGAAGAAUAGGUGGAUUUUCUUCUGGGGUGAUUCGAAUCAUGUCGAUACCAUCAGGAAUAUGCUUAAUUUUGUGUUAGGCUUGCCUGAGAUCAAAUCUGUGCCUAGAAGGUUUGAUAUGAACUUCUCAAACCCGAAAGAUCGGUCUCAGACAGUUCGGAUCACUAGCAUUUUCAAUGGUCAUUGGAAUGGAACACAGAAUUACUUGGGUCUGGAUUCUUUGAAAGAUGAAGGGUUUCGGAAUUUGUUAAAGAAGCACUUCUCAGAGGACAUGGUCCCGGACACUAUCAUCAUGAACUCGGGCUUGCAUGAUGGUGUUCACUGGUCGAGUAUUCGAUCAUUUUCUCAAGGGGCAGAGUAUGCAGCAUCGUUCUGGAAAGACAUUGUGGAAUCGGUGAGGCGGAGAGGGUUAUCGGUGCCACAAAUUGUUUUCCGGUCCACGAUCGCAACCGGUGGGUAUGCAAGAUCACUGGCAUUUAAUCCUAGUAAGAUGGAAGCAUUCAAUGGAGUUCUUUUGGAGAAACUAAGGCAAGCUGGGCUGGUUUCGAGCGUGAUUGAUAACUUUGAUAUGACAUAUUCAUGGCACUACGAUAAUAGGUGCAACGAUGGUGUUCAUUACGGGAGGGCUCCCCUAAAGAUGAAGUGGAUAGACGGUGAGAUCGGACACCAGUAUUUCGUCGAUCUCAUGUUAUGCCAUGUGCUGCUCAAUGUUCUAUGUGCAAGAUAGUAAAGCAAGUCCUAGGAGGCUUGAUGAACGUUUUUCCGAGCGGAAAGUGGCCUCUACAACGUCAUACAGUCGUCGAAACCUCUGGACUGCAGGUAGCGACGGCUUAAGUGGUGCCCGGAGGCUAAUUAAUGAUUUAUUCCGAGUCGAGUCGGCAUUCAUUAUUGACCUAUUACCAUACAUAGUUUUGAGUAUAUAGUUGCUUCACUUGUAGAUCAUUACAAGGGAUUUUCAUAUGGAAUUUGCUUGCAGUCGUUGCUCGUGUCUGGUUCACUUGUAGAUCAUUACAAGCCCUUGAGUUUGACAGUUCCAUUAUAUAACAUUGAUUCCGAUUAGGCC